CGGAAUUUCUACGUAUAAACAGGUUCAGCCAAAUGGAAUUCUCAGUGAAGUUCUAUUAGCAGUUUAGCAGCUCAAGUUUUUUCUGGAACUGGGGCGACUGAGUCAACUCGUUCGCUGGGUCGUCUCAACUCUCAAGGCUUCCUUCGGCUACGAAAUACCCUUCUGCAUUGCGUUCUUUCUCAUCACCUCGCGCCAUUCGGAUCCAAUUUCAAACCAUGAGUUUUGUUUUCCGAGGAACUAGAGCUGAUAUAGAAUCUGGAUUUCCGGGUGUGAUCCCCGAACGUCGUGCUAUGCGAAUUCAUCCUGCACGACCUGUUAAUACCAAUUCUCUUGCUUUUCUUGUCACUGUUCUGUUGCUGUUUAUGAUUCUAAACUCUCAUCAAAUGUCACCUAAUUUUCUGCUCUGGUUGGUGCUUGGUGUAUUUGCAAUAGCAACUACACUCAGGAUGUAUGCCACCUGUCAACAACUUCAAGCUCAAGCACACGCUCAUGCUGUUGCUGCCAGUGGCCUUCUUGGUCAUACAGAGUUGAGGUUGCAUAUGCCUCCAUCCAUUGCACUUUCAACUAGAGGACGGUUACAAGGCCUCAGGCUUCAGCUUGCUCUUCUUGACAGAGAGUUUGAUGACUUAGAUUAUGAAACUCUGAGGGCACUGGAUGCUGAUAAUGUUCCUGAAGUUCCUUCAAUGACUGAGGAAGAGAUAAAUACUCUACCUGUUCAUAAAUACAAGAUGUCUGGGCAUCAAAGUACUGUUUCAUCAGCACAGCAAGCAUCGUGCUCGUCCCCAGUCGAGGAUAAGAAAAAGCAAGAAGCAGCAAACUUUGCAGUGUCAGCAAAGCUUGCAGACGAUGAACUAACUUGCAGUGUUUGUUUGGAACAAGUGAAUGAGGGAGAACUCAUUCGCAGCUUGCCAUGCUUACAUCAGUUCCAUGCUAGUUGCAUUGACCCUUGGCUUAAGCAGCAGGGGACAUGCCCUGUCUGCAAAUUUAAGGUUGGGUCAAGAUGGGAAAAUGAAGCUGGAGAAAUGGAUGCCUCUUACAUGGUUUAACAUUUGCGGAAAUGUUCAGUUUUCUUUAAUAUAAGAUGAAAGUAUAAGAUGAGUAUCAUGUGUAGGUGCGUAAAUAUUCUUUAAAGUGUUGUUUGGUGGAAACGCAAGUAUGUAACCACAUGUAAUGUAAUAAUUUUUGAAAGUAAAAUUAUACUCCGUAGUACAUAUGUAUCGGUGUAUGGUGAUUACAUAACACUGCCUUCUUAUUCCGUCUACCAAACAUCCUAAAAGUUUCUUAUUACGUGACGUAAGCAAUGCAGUUAAACUGAUACUUGAGGCCGUGAGGG